AUGAAGCUUUUAUCUAGCGUUUCUCAGCUGUUUUGCUCCAGCGUCACAUUGGUCACAGCACUCGUGAGCAGUGAAACCACUGUUUCUUGCGGCACGGUUGCUACCGGUGGUUUUCUCGAAACUACGCCUUAUAGCUCAUCUACGGCCUCGAUUUUGGCUCGAGGCACACCGGCGAUUGGAGUUUACCAUUUUUACCGUUCUAUCACCUACGUGAGCGAUUGUAACCCUAGCACACGGACCGCGGCAGACGUCAAUCCCACAAUCACUAUAUACUAG